UUCCAGGUGGAUUACGGGGCGACGGCGGAGGAGCUGGAGGCUCAUUUCCACGGCUGCGGCUCCGUCAACCGCGUCACCAUCCUCUGCGACAAGUACAGCGGCCACCCCAAGGGCUUCGCCUACAUCGAGUUCUCGGACAAGGAGUCGGUGAGGACGUCGAUGGCCCUCGACGAGUCGCUCUUCAGGGGGAGGCAAAUCAAGGUGAUCCCGAAGCGCACGAACCGCCCCGGGAUCAGCAGCACCGACCGGGGUUUCCCGCGCGGCCGCUUCCGGGGCCGGGGGGGAGGGUUCGGCUCCGCCCGCUCCCGAUUCUACAGCGGCUUCCAACGGCCCCGAGGGAGGG